GUCAUUCAUUCCGUCAACAAUCGUCAUCCAGUGAGGAGUGCUUAGAAAGCCUAAAGCCACAAUUUAUUGUUUUUCAUUGUAUUAUUUGCUAAAUCUUAAAGAUUUCUCACAAUGGGUUGCGAUGGUGGUACUAUUCCUCGCCGAGAUGAACUCGUGCGAAUGAAGAAGAAGCCAGAACAGAAAGAUAAAGAUGCGGAACGAUCAUUCAAGUGGCGUAACUGCGCUCUGUCGCAACAGCCUUUACAAGAGCCUGUGGUGGCUUGUGGCCUCGGUAGGCUGUAUAGCAAGAGUUCUGUGCUUGAAUCGUUGCUGGACAAAGAAACUAAGCCAGACUCCAUCAACCACAUCAAAAACCUUAAGGACAUCAAAGACUUGAAGUUGGUGAAAAACCCUGCAUACACAGCAGCUGAUCACACCGAGGGUGCUGUGGGUGAGGGCAAUGCCCCCUACAUCUGCCCCAUUAGUGGGCUGGAGAUGUCCGGGAAGUUCCGCUUUGUCUUCCUCUGGAGCUGUGGAUGUGUCCUCGCUGAGAGAGCACUCAAAGAAGUUAGACAGAAUCUCUGUCACAUGUGUCAGCAACCAUUCACAGAUAAUGAUAUAGUACAAUUAAAUGGAACUGAUGAGGAUAUAGAAAAACUGAGGGAAAAAAUGGCAGUCCGAGUUGCUAGCAGAAAAACUAGUAAGAAGUCAAAGGCAGAAAAAGCACCAAAGACUGAAGUUAAGAUAGAGCCAUUGACUCCAGGACCAUCCACCUCUACUGAAGUAUCCACAGAUGUAAAACCAGAGAAUGAUGUAAAUGUUAAAAGUGAAGCUGAGCCGGAGCCUAGCUCGAGUAAUGCAGUUAAGAAGGAAAUUGAAACUAUACCAUUAUCUCUGCCGAAGUACAAUCCCAACAAGCAGGCGAGAGGACAUUUCGGAUCUUCAAAGCGCGUCCACCCUACAGAACUGGCCCAAGACCCAUCAUACAAGAAGACCAAGAAGGAUUACAGUGUAGCUAAGGAUCCUCAGACCAGUGAAGUGUACAAAUCAUUGUUCACUUCCCAUAAAACUGAUAAAAGCCAGCAGAGGGCCCAUUGGGUCACAUAUAAUCCUUUCUACAAUUAAUAUAUUGUAUGGAAAUUAUGACGCAUCCAUAAAAUAACAUGUGGAUGAAACAUGUUAAACAUACUGAAAAAGUAGUUAAUUUAUGAUGUUAGUCCACUAUUGUGGCAAUCGCCGCGGAUCUGUUGUGUCCAAAUUUAAUUUAAUUGUAAAUAUUAUGUUAUUAAAUAAAAUACAUAUAAUCAAUA